AUGCAUGAGAUUACAUCGUUCCGUCAGGAGGUUCGUUCACAGUUUACAGCAAUAGACGCGAAGUUCGAAGCAAUGGACGCGAAGUUCCAAGCAAUGGACGCGAAGUUCCAAGCUAUGAACAGGAAUCUUACGUCACGACAGGCCAACCAAUGGGCAGUUUCCGGCGGGGUGUCGCUAUUGCCGAUGUAUAAUAUUUUUACAGGCAAUGAGAUAGCCAAUUGUCCCCAAACAUUAGCUGCUUUAGAGCAGUGCAAUGGUAAGUACAUUUAA